UUAUUCCCCACAAACUUUGCUUUUGUGACCAGGACAGUGAUAUUUUGAAAUUUACCUAUUUUCCAGAACAUUCCAGAUAGAUUCAGUGCUGAGUAAACUUGGAGUAACUUCUAGAACUUUCUAGAACUUUCCAGUAAUAUAAAUAGUAGUAUAAAUACAGGGGCCUUAAGCCCACCAGUUCAGUUUAGUUCCAGCUGCCUAAGUGGAUACAUAUCUGCAUUUCUCUGAGAUGGCAUCAAGAGGCUGCAAGCAUCCGGCAGACGCAUUUUGCUAUGUCUGCGGCCAAUUUAUCAAGACAAGAGCGAAAAAGUACUCCGUGGAAGCAUCUGCUAAGAUGUGUGAGGCCUACAAGGCAUAUUUCGGCAUGCCUGUCGGGGAUCAAGACAAACCCUGGGCACCUCAUUUCACCUGCGAGCACUGCAAAAAAAACUCUGGAAGGAUGGUACAGAGGGGAAAAGAGAGCCAUGAAGUUCGCUAUCCCAAGAAUUUGGCGGGAACCCACUGACCACUCAAGCAACUGCUACUUCUGCAUGGUGGACCCUUCCAAACGUCGGACUGGCAAGAAUGCACCUGCUAUCACGUAUCCGGACCUUCCUUCAUCCAUUGCCCCGGUGCCACACUGCCAUGAGCUCCCCGUACCCACUCCUCUGGAGAGAGAGCAGCCGUCUUUAGAAGAGAGCAGCAAGUCAGAGAGCGAGGAAGACGUUGUAGAUCCAGAUGACAAUUUCAGAGGUGGAGCUGAGGAGAGAAACCCAUACUACCCCAACCAAAAAGACCUCAACGACUUGAUUAGAGAUCUUGGUCUCACCAAGUCCAAUGCCGAGCUUUUGACGUCUAGGCUCAAGCAGUGGAACUUGUUGGAUGAAAGUGUGCAAGUCGCAGAUCAGAGGAAGCGUCACCAACCUUUUUCCAGAUUCUUCACCCGUCAAGAUGGGCUCUACUUCUGCCACAAUGUGACCAGUCUGUUCGAGGCAAUCGGAAUCGCCUGUAACCAGAAUGAGUGGCGCCUCUUCAUUGACAGCUCAUCCAGGAGCCUCAAAGCCGUGCUGCUCCAUAAUGGUAACAAGUACCCGUCUCUUCCCCUGGCUCACUCGGUGCACCUCAAAGAGGAUUACAACAGCAUCAAGACCUUGCUGGACGCCUUGAAGUAUGAUGAGUACGGCUGGGAGGUCAUAGGAGACUUCAAAAUGGUGGCAUUCCUGAUGGGUUUCCCUGCUAUCUUUGCCUUUGGGACAGCAGGGACACCAAGGCGCACUACCACAGGCGGGACUGGCCACAGCGGACCGAGUUCUCUGUGGGGAGGAACAACGUCAAGUGGGAGCCACUGGUGGACCCCCGGAAGGUGUUGAUGCCACCACUGCACAUCAAACUGGGCCUUAUGAAACAAUUUGUCAGAGCUCUAGAUAAGGAGUCGGCAGCCUUCAAGUACCUUCAAGACUUCUUCCCUAAGGCAAAGGUCAAAGCCGGUGUCUUCGUCGGACCACAGAUAAAGAAGAUCCUGGAGUGCAAGGAAUUCCCCAAGAAGCUCACUAGUAAGGAGAAAGCGGCUUGGAACAGCUUUGUCGCAGUGGUUCGGCGCUUCCUGGGCAAUCACAAGGCCGAAAACUAUGUGGAGCUGGUUGAGACUCUGGUGAAGAACUACGGUACAAUGGGCUGUAGGAUGUCCCUCAAAGUCCAUAUCCUUGAUGCUCAUCUUGAUAAAUUCAAGGAGAACAUGGGAGCGUACUCAGAGGAGCAAGGCGAGCGCUUCCACCAGGAUAUACUGGACUUUGAACGCCGCUACCAAGGACAGUAUAACGAGAAUAUGAUGGGAGAUUACAUUUGGGGGCUGAUUCGUGAAAGUGAUUUACAGUAUAAUCGUAAAUCUCGAAAAACUACUCACUUCUAAAUCUUUUGUAGUCAUUUUUGUAUUACUUUAGUAUAAAUACAUGUUAAUUUGGAUUCAUAUGUUGUUUUUUUUCUGACUUUAUGUGAACGAAAAGACACAAAUUCGCCCGUUUUCUCAUUGGAAAUAGGUAAAUUACAAAAUAUCACUGUCCUGGUCACAAAAGCAAAGUUUGUGGGGAAUAAUAGCCAUUUUCUAUACUUUUGAGGCAUAAGCAAUUAGGAAAUAACACUUACUACCCAGGAACAAAAAUUGUGUUACAUAGUGUUAUUAAAGGAGGGGUAAAACAAUUGCGGAAGUAUGACAUUGGCACUAAGUUGCAGGAUAUAGCAGUGGAGUUAUUGUUCCGAGUAAUGUCAGAGUAGCUUGGCUUAUUCAUUUUAGUAAGUUUUAAAACAAAUGAUGCUAUUCUUGUGUAUAACUUGUCAUAGGGUUUAUGUAUUUCUUAUGAUGCACAAGCAAAGCAGGUUGGCACAUUGAAAUGUUAAGUGUGGAAUGGGUGGCAUUAGUAAAGGAGGCAUCUGUACUAGAAAUGUGGUACAGCUACAGUGCCUCUAAGUUUACUAACUGUAAUGGUAAACAUGCUUUUGCGUUUCAUAUUUCUGUCAGUAUGCUACAGCAAUAUUGGGUUAAAAAAAACCAAAUGGGAUAAGUACCUUAUGUGCUUGGAGAAUACUAAACCUCAAACAGUUUAGAUUAGAUCUCAACAGAUGUCUGCGUAUUCUUUGUUGUUCUCUUUUAACAUAAGAAUACAUUUUAUUU